AUGGUCCGACUGUAUCUCAACGUGAGUGGACAAAUACCCGCAUGCCACAAAGUCGAGGACGAAGAUCGAUUCCUCGCGGAGCAACAGGCAGCACUGAGUCAGGGGAAGUGGGAGAUGAUGCAGCUCAGCCCAGUGGAAAACCCAGCGUCGAUCCUGAACGUCGGCAACCUCGUGCAGGUAAAUGUCCUUAUGGCCAGAUUGCUUCGAGGCGUUGGAGGACAGCAGCUGACGGGCAGGGCUCCGAGGGGCAACAUGGCCAGCGGUAGGGGCAGGAGUCAGGGGCGCGGUAAUGCAGUGAAUGAGCGGGCUCCUUCUCGUGGCAAGGGGCGCGGGAAGGACAGUGUUUUUCACGCUGUGCCUCCGUAG